CAGGUAGGGUUCUCUAUGCAGCGCAGUGAGUACGGUGCAGCCCACCACGUGCCUGCGUUGCCACUGGAGAUCAUCGAUGCGCAAACCGAGGGACAGAUUGGGUACCAACUGACCCAAGCGAUACGCAACGCUCUAGUAUCUCAGGGCCAGCGUGAUCCUCGAGUGUGUGCUGUCGUCAACCAGGUGCGCGUAGAAGCCGACGAUAAGGCCUUCCAAACCCCCACCAAGCCGGUGGGCGGAUUUUUCAGUGAACAAGAAGCCAAAGCGAAGAUGGAGACGGAUCAGUGGGAUAUGAUCGAGCAGCAGGGCAGGGGAUGGCGCAGAGUUGUGGCUAGUCCCGAACCCAAGGAAAUUAUUGAACAGUGGGCAAUAGAAAGCUUAAUGGAGAAGGGUGGUAUUGUGAUCUGCGUGGGGGGUGGGGGUAUCCCAGUGGUGCGUGACACAGACACAGGCGAUCUAAAGGGAGUUGCCGCAGUCAUCGACAAAGAUAGUGCCAGCGCGUUGCUAGCCGACCACAUGCAGUUCGAUGCGGUAGUCUUCUGUACUGGUGUGGCCAAUGUUUAUGUGGACUUCAACACACCGUCACAGCGCACUCUGACGGCCAUGAACGUGCAGCAAGCGCAACAGCACAUGAAGGACGGCCAUUUUCCGGCUGGAUCCAUGGGUCCUAAAGUCGCGGCUGCUCUCGGAUUCUUGGAACAGACGAAUAAAGGUGGCAGAGAGAGGAAGUGUUAUAUUACUGAUCCCGAACAUCUACUUGAAGCACUCGACGGUAAUUCUGAACACGGCACAGUCAUCACUGUGUGAAGGACUGGCACGACUGGUAGUCAAUUAAGUAUUCUGAUGGAUAAAGAAGAUAUAUGCUGUGAUGGAGAACUAUGUAUAGUUUUCUUAAUAUCACCAUUGCAUGUCACAUGAGAUGUAUAUCGGUUUUCGAAAAGUGAGAAACAGAACUCGCCCCAAUAUCUAGAAAUACCGUGAUCAUCGUAUACCGC